AUGUUUGCUUUGUCCCAAACUCAUCGUCCCAUUCUCCUCUCUCUCUCGCUGGUAUCUCUCGCCGAAGCAGGUCCACCAGAUCAUGUCAACAAUCGAAGCAGCUCUUCUUCAGUGCAUGUUCGUGGCCUUGCCGGAUCUCUGCAUCUCUCCGAGGAACAAACACGGCUGGGAAUUAACGUGGUCACAAGAAUUGGAAGUAAUUUUGAAGGCCAGACUCUUGGCAGUGAUACAGUUGAAGGAUCUGAAGCCAUUGAGAUUAAAAUAAAGACAUUGGAUUCACAAACCUAUACUUUGAGAGUGGAUAAACGGGUGCUAGGUGUUUUAGCUCAAGUAAAGGCUGACAAAGACUCAAUUGAGGGCUUGAUGCAACCCGUUGAAACUGCUGAUAGGUUAUUCCAAGAAAUUCAAAUGUGGCUGUAACAAGUUGAUGAUAUGGAGUCUAAGCUUGAUUUUUGAGGGCAGGGUGUAAAGUCCAUGGACGGGCUCUCGUGUACUUCCCAUGGCAUAUGUUGAAGGUUCUCAUGUUGCCAGCAUACCUGUGCAUAACUUUGUCAUUGUGCUUUACAGUUUGAUAUGACUCUCAAAAUAAAAUGUUGAGUGUCCGCUAGAUUGAAAACUUGAUGUAUGCAUGCAAGUUUUGAACUUAUUUUUUGAAGUUUCAUCAUGACAGAUUUGCACCUAGUUAUACGGUGGUGGGCAUGGUGGCCGUUACUUUUACUAUAGGAAUUUGUCAAAGAUUAUAUUUUUCUUUUAUCCUAUAGAUGUCAGUUCUUACUUUGAAAGAACAGAUUACUUCUGUCACUGGAGUGCUAUCAGAGCAAACAACAACUGAUAUGCCGGGGGAAAGUUCUAAAGGAUGACCAACUUUUAUCUGCUUAUCGUAUCCUAAUGUAGAGUUGUUUUUGCAUAUUGAAAGUGAAGUUUCAAAAUCUUGUCACAUUCUCUUUGUAAUUAAGACGCUUAUUCUUACCAUA